AACUAACCUAACGCACAGCCCAGGCAGCCUUAUCGUAGCACCAAGCACACGCUGCCUCCCACGACCGCUCACUGUUGCAUGAUCCUUCGCCGGUACCGGAGAGAACACACCGCUCAGCCCACCGCCGGAACAGCGCUACAAGUAGAAAAACCCGUUCAACCCGUUGCCAACACCCACCGGAGCAGCACUGCCACACCGUCCCGCUCGACCACCGGGAAAGCUCCGAACACCACUCGCAGCACUACAGGCUUUGGAUCAAUGGCUCUUCGGCGAGCUUCAUCGAUCUUAUUCAACAAGCUCAAGCUCAAUCUUAAUCCCAAUCUCAACAACGUUGCUCAUCGCAAUCUCUCAACGGAUUUUGCUGGCACUCCUCCUUUGCGUGAUGGCAUGAUGAAUCAGAUGUUUCAUCUUGACAUAAAUUCACAAAUUGGGAGUUGUAUGCCUCUUGCUGCUAUGCGUAUCGGAACAAUGAUCCACAACAUUGAGAUGAACCCGGGUCAAGGUGGCAAGCUAGUUCGAGCUGCAGGGACUUGUGCAAAGAUCUUGAAAGACCCGUCGUCUAAAUAUUGUUUAGUGAGACUGCCUUCAGGUGCUGAGAAGUUGAUUAAUUCUCGGUGCCGGGCCACAAUUGGUAUGGUUUCAAACCCAGGCCAUGGAGCUCGGAAGCUCAGGAAAGCUGGGCAGAGCCGUUGGUUGGGUAUAAGACCAAAAGUUCGAGGAGUGGCUAUGAAUCCAGUAGAUCAUCCUCAUGGUGGAGGUGAGGGUAAGAGCAAGAGUAGUGGGAGUCAUGGAAAGUGUUCUCGUACUCCUUGGGGCAAGCCUUGUAAGUCUGGGUACAAAACUGGACCCCUGAAGCGCAGAAAGUAGUGGCAAUCAUUUUCUUUGUUUUGGUACUAUACUCUCAAAUCGAGUUGUGCACACUGCCAGAUCCAUUAGAGAGUUUUGUCUUUGGAAAUGCUUAAAUUUCAUUUAAAGUGAAGAAGUUUUAUUGUGGAUUGA